UUUCUGCUCACUCCCUGUGUCCAACGGCCUCGAAGAACCAUAGCUAAGAUUUGAAAGCAUGUCCAGUUUGCAAUGGCGAUGCUGGUGUGUUGAAUGGCGGGCCUCGAUGCCACUUGGUUGCAUGGGUGGGUGGGACCAGGCAGCCGCCAUCUUGGGAAGGUCGGCCCAGGCAGCCGCCAUCUUGGAAAGGUCGGCCCGGGCAGCCGCCAUAUUGGGAAGGUCGUGCGGACGUCCCAUGGCGGGUGAGGCCGGGGUGUCGCUGCCUGGAGCUGGCGCCAGCGCCUACGCCCUGCGGGAGACUUCAGUUAAGGAGAAUAAGGGAUUUUCGCAAGGACUUGAAGAGAUGCACAUUACAUCAAUUUGCCAUAAAAAUGGAAGACCAAUCUGGAGGCCCAGAGUAGAUUCUCAACAUUUGGAACGACAGAUCACUUCUCUCUCCUGGGCAAAAGAUGAAAAUGAACAGGAAGAUGAUGAUGAAGCUGAUAACCAUGAAUAUUCAGAUAGUGACCUGAGUGACUAUUACAUUUCAUCAUCUCCAGAGACCACCCAAGUGGCUGGAAUGGGUGUUGAGCUAUUUUAUGAGAAAGAGGACUGGGAGAAGGAAGUUAAUGAAGCUUGUCCCUAUGAUGAAGAUGACCUGGAGGUGAUCACUAAAAACCCUGGUUGUGAAGUGCCUCUUUUUUGGCAGGACGGGGAAACGUACAACCCAAGCCAUGAUCACGUUCCCUCAUCAUCAAGAGCAAAGAUUGUAGAAAUACCCAUUGUGCAGGGACAGUUUGAAGAUGCUGAUAAAUAAAGUUGGGAAUUCACAUCCUUGUGGGAAGAAGCAUUUGACAACAGUUUGUAAUUUGAAGUUACUUUCAUUUUAUUUUCUUGAUUUAACUGUUUGUUGUAAUUGAAAAAUAUAUUUUGAGUUUCUUCAGCACGGUUUCAUUCAGACAGAAUUUAAAGGAAAUUCUAAAUUAUCAUUAGCUUAGUAUUUUUUUCAAUAUAGAAAAUCUUUCAUUGUACAGACAGUCAUAAUGAGGAAUCUGAAAUUAGUAAAAGGAAUGAAUGAAAGGCAUGCACAUUUUUCAUUUGCCAAGGUAAUUUUUAAUCAAAUUUAAAAAAAAUUGAAUCCC